UUCAGAGUAAAAGUUUAAAAGUUGCUGUUUGUUGCGGCUGCUAGCAGUGCCCUCUGCUUCCUGGAUGUUAGCUAGCCUCGCGCUCGCUCGGUACUGCGGGCUGCUGCGACUCAUCCAAACAUGGCCGGCCAGGAAGACCCAGUUCAGAGGGAGAUUCACCAAGACUGGGCGAAUCGAGAGUAUAUAGAAGUAAUAACGAGCAGCAUCAAAAAAAUCGCCGACUUUCUGAACUCCUUCGACAUGUCCUGUCGAUCCCGUCUGGCCACCCUCAACGAGAAGCUGACCGCGUUGGAGAGAAGGAUCGAGUACAUCGAGGCCAGAGUGACAAAAGGAGAGACCCUGACCUAAAGAUGGGACUCCACGUUAUCCCUGAAUCUGUGUACCCAUCCACCACCCCUGAGGUUUUGGACUAAAGCGUUCUGGACUCCACCACCUUCCUUUUUUGGGGAUCAUACGGACCAUUUUUAUAUCUUGUGAUUGACUUUUGUGUUGUUUUGUCUUCAUGGCAAAUUUGAACGUGAAAUAUGAGUCCAUCUUUGGGUACGGCUGACUCGAGCUUCAUUGUUAUCUUCUAGAACAAAGUGGGAAUCUUCAAGUUUUGGUUUCAAAUGACAUCAUGGCGCUCCAAAAUGGACCUGCUGUAAACGUUUAGAACGCAGUGUCAUUAAAAAAAUAACUAUAAAUUAGAGAUUUAUAUUAAAAAGGGGGGAAUUCUCAUGUGCCAAGUUGAACAAGUAAUUAGUUAGUAACCUUUAUUGAGGAUGUUUGUACAGCAAAUGUUUCUAAAUAUAAACACUGUAAUGAACAAUAAAGGAUUUUCAUUGUUUGGCUCUAUCAUAAUUAACUGGACUACUACAGACUUACUGGUGUGAAUAUUAGAAAAUGUAUAAAGUUUAGUAAAAAAAUUAAUAGUGUAAUUAUGGUAAGUUUGAACACAUAAAUUGUGUGUGCACCAAUCAGAGAUAGCCAAAUGGGGUAAAAUGUAUGAGUUAUGUACUUUGAAAUUAUAGGUUUACCCGUUGUCCUUAUUUGAUUGAAACUAAAUGAAGUAACAGCUUUUGUUGUUUAUUUUUAUUUUUUGUUUCAUGUUAGAAACAUGUAACAAAUCUGUAAACUACAACUCCUAUUAAACUACAAAAUGGCAGAAACUUG